GACUGAGAAAAGAAAAGGGAAGCAAAUCAAACUAGGAGAGAGAGAGCAGGCAUAUAUUUUACCAGGAAGAACUAUUUCAGGGGGAAAAAAAUUACCUGCCUUGCACACAUGACUUGUUAACAUCAUGUUUUUUUGUGCAGUAAAAUCAUCUGUGUGCUCUGUACUAGAUUUUACAGGUCACAUGUGUGUUAUGACCUUGAUGUCUUAUAUAUUUUGAGUACUACAUUAAUUUUUAAUAAGCAUGUAAGGCUUUAACAAUGCCUCAUCUAGCCUUCGACACAUGUAAUGUGAUGCCUGUAAUGCAGAAAACAAGGUGGCUAAAUUUAAAAGCACGCCUUUUUCCUCACAAAUUAUGCCUCCGAGUCACAAUUUGUUACUACUUUUCAAAUCCUUGGAGAGGCUAAGGAAAAAGAUGUGCCCAGAAGGGCACCUUUCUGUUCAACUCUAGAGGUGAGCAGAAAGGAACCAACUGCCUCACCAGCAACUCAUUUUGAAUGCCGGGAGGCAUCUCAUCAACCCAUAUCAAUGCCUGUGUGGUCAGUUUACUUUCCCUCUGCAUAAAGGAGCGUUUGAUUACCAGGCUAAGCACAGGAUUGUAAUGAAAUGGUAGCAUUUGGAAGCUGCAGGAUUUCAUACAUACAGAGAUAACAUUUUUAGUGAAACAAAUCCAGGAGUGGAAAACAGGAUGUCCAGGAGUGGACAGGUUUGAAAAUUCAGCUGGAAAUUAGUGACGUGAAUGCACAUUGUUUCCACAUCUAAGCAGCAUUUUCAGACUUAAAUCAUACUGGCAUAAAUGUCACGUAGAGGAACCGCUGAUGCUCCUUUACAUGAAACGAGGCUGACUGUGCAUAGGUGAACCACAUAGGCAGACAAGCAGCUGGUGUAGUGUAAACAGCACCCAGUGCACAUCCACCAUGAACCCUGCUGCCAACAUCUGUGUCCAUUAUGGACUAUGUCAGCAACUUAAGCCAGCAUAGUGCAAACUGAGACUAAACAGAAUAACCAGGUUGUGUCUGCACCACAGGUGGGCCGCAAAAGACCAUAUUUAAGAGUUCUAAUGCCAUUUAACCAUUUCAUUAUUGGAAAAAUUACACAUUCACACGUAAACAGCACCUCGUCUGUUUUUCUGCCUCACUGUGGACACGACCUCCCAAUGUAUUUCAAUGGGAAGAAGGAUUUGUGUCUACAUUGUCUAUGUUUUUGAGGCUUCUCUAAGGGGGGCACAUUACAGCUUUGAAGAACGUGACACUGUAUCCAAAACCUCUGGUCUUAGUUCUGGUGCCUACACCUAACCGAACAGCAAGAAAAAGCACAACUCACAUGUAAAAGCCCUUCCAAAUAAAAUCCAAAACUCACUGGGUUUCAAACUGUAUUGUGAGUAAUAAUGUGUAAAAAAUCUUCACACGCAUGGAUACAAACUGGAGGAUAAAAGUUGGUGUCCAUGUAAGCAAGAAAGGGGGGGGGAGGAAAACAAAACAAUGGAUUCAAUUUUGUGACUGUUUCACAUAAUGCGGGAAUGUGUUGUGAGCAAAGACCUUGACAAGUCAGUAUAAACCUUUAUGAACACUUAACGUUCCACCGAGACAUUUGAAUGAUAGCCUAAUACAAUAAACAGGGACAUACAAUAAAGCAUUAUUUAAAAUGUAUGUGGGCAAGGGCUGAAAAGCUCGAGAAAGCAAAAUCAAGAUGCAAACUGCAGAGGAGAAUGUGAGGAAAGAAAGAAUGAGGGUGGAUAGACAGCAGUCUCUGUGAACCUGCAUAGACAAGCUCAGUCAAGCUGCUUUGGUGAGAGAGGGAGAGAAAGCAAGGGUGUUUUGACAGCUCGGAGCCAUCACAGCAGCAGAAGGCAGUCUAUGCGUGUGUGUGUGAUUGUGUAUGUGUGUGCGUUUUAGUCUCUGUGGGUGCAGGUGGUUGCGUAUCUGUGCACGUACUGUACUGGUGUGUCGGUGUAUGUGUAUGCGUACAUGCACACGAAAGACUAAAGGCAGAGACAGACAGUGACGUUUCUUCUGAUUCAGAGACAAAGAGGGGGAAAAGGAAAGUGUAGCACAGAGGCUGGAUGAAGGACAAAUACAUUUUUUUUUAAAAGAUCUGGGGCUGUGUCUGUGUGUGGUGUGUAUCAUAUUGAGUAUACAUAUUGAUAUGUGUCAGGAAGCCUUCAAGCAGACCAAACCCUCUCAUUAGAGGGUCGUUGAUGAGCAGACUCUUGCUUCACCAUUUUCUCACCUGUUUGACAUUAUUUCCUCUCCCUUCCAUCUCCGUAGACGCAGACAGAGCAAGCAUAAACUCUUUGUGAGCCUAGACCUACUUCACCUUCACACACCUCCACACAGUCACACUGGGAUCUGGCCUGAACAAAAAACACUCUUCAGCAGCUGCCACUAAACGACUCAGGAGCGGCUGGAGGUUGGGUGCUGACUACAGCAGACUGUCGGACAGAGGUGCUUUUUCUUCCGCUUCUCUGCCUCUUCCCUGACUAUGCCAGCUUUAAAACCACAGAGCACUUUCCCGGCGUUGAAGCGGCGGACCAUGGACAACAGGCCUGUCCGGACAAAACGAACCGGUGCCGUCCGACAUCUGCUGUUGGCUGCCGCCUUCCUUGUCUGCAGCUCGCAACUGCUGAUGGUGGACGCGAACUCGUGGUGGUCACUCGGUCUGACCCCGAUGCAGCGGCCAGAGAUGUACAUUAUUGGAGCUCAGCCUCUCUGCAGUCAGCUGUCUGGUCUCUCCCAGGGUCAGAGGAAGCUGUGCCAGCUGUACCAAGACCACAUGACCUAUAUUGGAGAUGGAGCCAAGACAGGCAUCAAGGAAUGUCAGUACCAGUUCAGACAGAGGAGGUGGAACUGCAGCACAGUGGACAACACUUCAGUGUUUGGGCGGGUCAUGCAGAUUGGCUCCAGGGAAACAGCCUUCACCUACGCCAUCAGCGCAGCCGGUGUGGUCAAUGCCGUCAGCCGUGCGUGCCGCGAGGGCGAGCUCUCCACCUGCGGCUGCAGCCGCGCCGCUCGCCCCAGAGACCUGCCGCGUGACUGGCUGUGGGGUGGCUGCGGUGAUAAUGUGCAUUACGGCUACAGGUUUGCUCGGGAGUUUGUCGACGCCAGGGAGAGGGAGAAGAAUUACCCCCGAGGGUCACCCGAGCAUGCCCGGAUGCUGAUGAACUUGCAUAAUAAUGAAGCAGGGAGACAGGCGGUUUACAACCUGGCUAAUGUGGCCUGUAAGUGUCAUGGAGUUUCGGGUUCCUGCAGUUUGAAGACCUGUUGGCUCCAGCUGGCCGACUUCAGACGUGUUGGAGAGUUCCUGAAAGAGAAAUACGACAGCGCAGCAGCCAUGCGGGUCGGACGCAAGGGAAAGCUGGAGCUUCUAGACAAGCGCUUCAACCCACCCACCACUCAGGACAUGGUCUACAUCGACCCCAGCCCGGAUUAUUGCCUCCGCAAUGAGACCACAGGAUCGCUGGGCACCCAGGGCCGACUCUGCAACAAAACCUCGGAGGGCAUGGACGGCUGCGAGCUGAUGUGCUGCGGCAGAGGUUACGACCAGUUUAAGACCUACAAGCACGAGCGCUGCCACUGCAAGUUCCACUGGUGCUGCUACGUCAAGUGCAAACGCUGCACGACGCUCGUGGAUCAGUUUGUGUGUAAAUAGCGCACUUCAGGAUUUGGAGGAGGCGGCGGUGACGACUAAGGGCGCCGGAGGUGACGGGACGGUGAUGUUUGGAGAGUUUUGUUCAGGAUUAGACGCACAAAAAUCAGAUUUCUGACAAAUGUCCUCAUCUCCCACCAUUUCACAUCAAGCCAAGCAAAAAGCAAAAAACAUAAAAAUAAAUAAAAACUGCAUAGCACCUGUGCAGCAUAUUUUUUGGAAGUAGAUAACACAUCAAUGGAUGGAAAGGUAGGGCAAAAGACACCUCGGAUUUUUAUUUCCCCCCACCCUCUGUCAUCGCUUUCUGCUGUCGUCUUUGGAGUCCUGAUCACAAUCAUAAAGGAAACAAGCAAAGCUGAUGGACAAUGAAUGAUACUGAGGAUGAUCUGUGAGAGGAGAUGUGACUGGUGUGAGAUGAAAAAAUAAAUAUAUAAUUAAAUAAUAAAUAAAUACACAACUCUUGAUUGCUAUUUAAAGAGACUCAAAUAAACCCAGGACACAGUUUGGACCCCACCCUUCAGAGAAAUCUAUUGAUGCUUUGGGAAAAGUGAUCACUUGUGUCACCAUGUAUGUUGUCUGACCUUUUAACCCUGCGAGAGAGAUUCUGAGAUUUAAGAGAUGUGUUAUCAUGCACGGCAGAAAUGCAGAAAAGUUCCGAUUGGUGGUGUAAAUAAGGUAGGAAAUUAAUCAAAAAGAUGAAUAAAUGAAAAGUAGGAAUACACAAAUGCGCGCACAAGCUGCAUCUGUUUCUGUUUCACAACACAGUGAGGUUCAGGGAAAAAAACUCUUCAAAAGACUAAAUGCACCACCUGUUUUGUACAAGUAGCAGCAGAGGGUGUAGCUGCUGCUGUUCCUUGUAUCAUCAAAGCAGUAAUCCUGCACCCGUGACCUGACAAGUGUGACUAUGCAGGUUAAUGAGGCUUGGUGGUUGAAGCCAUCCUGACACCACGGCUGUUUAAACAAGCAGCUCACAUCGGCCGUCCGGCUCCGUGACCUUCACGUGACAGCAAAGUGAGCAAAACCUCCAUUAGUGAGAUUAAUGUGCUGUACCUGCCUUAAUGAAGCCACACUGAGAGACACGUUCGCUGUGAGUGGACAUCUUCAUCUCGCGUUGUGGCGCAACUCGAUAAGAGCAGCAAACAGCCCCCGUGGUGUCGACUUAGCAGUCCUGUCGUAGCGUGAUUUUUUAGCCCGUUUCUAUUGGCUCAGUUGUGAUACAGAUGUUAGAUGCAGUUGGCACGAAGAGGACAGAGUGAGCAGGUGAGGAUGGAGCGCGCCGUGGAAACUCAUGAACGUGCAAAAACAGAGAGGACUGCAGGUUUAUUACUUUUAACAAAAAGAACAAAUAGUAGAUGAGAACAGAAAGUAUAUUUUAUUAUUGUUUUUGAUUCUCCUGUUUUCUAUGUUUUUAUACAUGAGCAUUACUGUGUAUUCUUUUGAUAAACUACUCUUUGAAAAAAAAUGAGGUUUUCUGUGUUUUACGUCUGCUGCAGUUCUUCCGGGAAAGUUUUUAUCCGGGCCAACAUUUUUCCCUGUCUUCCCCAUCAACAUAAUAAGCACAGACACGUCUUUGUCAUCGGGGUGGCUGUUUUCUCAGGUACAGGCAGAACUUUAUUAGGGACAACAAGACAUUUAAUCUCGACUUAAUCUGCACAUUUACAUUUAAAUGAACCUUAAAUUACUCUUUCUUGAUCAUAUCAGUGUUACAGUAGCCUAAAGACAUGAAUGUUCUCACGUCCAUUGUUUUUAUGUGGAUGUAUUGGUUUUUUUUCCCAAUAUAAAAAUAUAAAAUAUGAUGUAUAUUCAUAAAUGACCUUAAGGAUCUGAUUUAUUAGUAGCUUACACUUAUUAAUCAUUCAGUUUUCUUAACUUUCUCACUUCUCAUUGAGACCUUUGAUCCCAUCAGAUGGCCAAACAGCUUGUCCAGUCCUGGACUCUUCUUCUGCUCUUUUAUAUCUAAAUCAUCAAGGCUGGAUUCUCCCACAGCCUCUUUAUGGAACCAGCAGGAUGGCUUCAUCAUGUAUCUGCAACUGUAAAAUAUCCCAGCAGAAUUUGCCCAAAGCUGAAUGUCAAGUGCACAGUCACGGUUAAGCAGGUCUGUACGGCGACCUUACUAACAAUCCCAUUACUUUUAGCUGCUCACGAGUAAUUGGAUUAGACUACUGACCAGAGCACCAUGACCGACCUACAGCGCUGUCCCUCUGUAAUCCUCCUCACCUACUUUUGUAGGCAAUCUGCACUUGCUGGUUAGGUAGUAUGAUCAUUUCAGUGUGCACGUGUUGGUUGUGUAUCUACAAAUGCAUACCUAUCGGCCACAAUAUUAAAACAAGCUCCAUGGCAGAAUUGGCCUUCUUCAGCCAGACAAAACUACAAAACGAGGCAGCACCAAAGCUCUGCAGAUCCUAAUCACAUAAAAAAAUCAUUGGUGUGUAAUUAAACAAGGCAAAUCCUUAGGGGACCACAGGAAGCAGCAGGGCUGCUCUCAGUAUCUCAGCACUGGACACAAGGGGACAUCCGAACCCACCGUUUUAGGCAGGUGGUUUUAAUGUUGUGGCACAUCGGCAUAUGUGUGCAUUUAAUGGAGAUUAGGAGAGUGAAAGUGUAACCUGAUGGUCGGUCUAAUCCUUUUUACCUGACAGCCAUCUGCUGUUGUGAUGCCGCUAAGUUGAACUCUCUGAAACAAACAACCAACAGUGAGUAAUUCUUCCUUUCUUUGAUGAGGCCUUCUCAUCCCGUGAGAAUAUUACUGGUUAUGUUUACAAAAAUAGUUCAGAAGAGUAUGGAUGCCAAACUGUCUGACUUAAAGAUGACCAGAAAAUGUUUGCAAACCGGUCAGGAACACCAUUAAUGAGACCCGGCUCCAGGAAGACCUCUUGGCGUCUAACUGCCAGCUUGUUAGUUGUUUAGCCUAACCAGUUUAACGGCAUAUUUUCUUCCUUAUGCACUUGGACUACAUUACUGUGACAAUGACUCACACAAUUUAUCAUAACAUUUGUUUCCUUUCUCAGAGGUGUUCUGACAUUGAGCAAUGAGCUCAUUUCCUGUACAACCUGUCCUCCCCACAUGUUGGAGAAGGAGUUGGAAGCUCUGGUUGCUUGUCCCAUGUCCAGCAAAAAGCAACCUAAGAGGCUGAAAUCCUCCAUUAUGGGAGAAAAAAUAACAGCAAAUAGCUGUGAACUACAACAAAUCUGAUGUGUUUUACUAUGCAGAACAUGUUGUUCUUUGUACAAACCAUAGUGAGUCACGGUGAUAAAGUGUUAUAAUGUCAUUGGUAUUCAACUGCAUUUUAUUUUAGUUACUGUAUUUAGCAUCAACAAAAAGCUGCUUUUCAUCAUUUUACUGAGGCUGUACAUUAUGCCAGAAGCAAACUACACAUGGGGAUGUCACACGUGGUGUUUAUAGAUUAUCCAGCAGCUGUUGUGGUUAAAGAGAUCUAUAUGCAAACGCUCUGAUCUGGAUUAGCUGAACUGAAGGAGAGACACAACCCCACUUUUUCAGACACACACACAUGCGCACAGUAACUCAAAAGCCUGAUUCUGAGUCGGCUGCUCUGUUUGUGUCUUUUUCGGAGCUCAAAGACCAAGUUAACCAAAGAUGCUCAGACACUUAUCCAUAAGCUCAUUCAACCAUAUGCUUUCUGCAAGAUUUGGCCGCAGCAGAAUGGAUCACUGAGUCCCAAUGAACCAGAACAUCUAAUCUUCUGUAGAUGUGGAAAAACCAUGUAUGGUCAGUUCCCACAUCAAUACAGCAACAACUUCUUUCGUCCUUAUUGACGUUUAUCGCACGGUUUGUAAUUACACAAAAUGCUUAUUCAGGUUAAAAAAAAACACUGCACAAUGAGGAAAGAUGUAAGAAACCAACAUGUUUAUUAAUGAAGAGUGACGCCAAACAUAAAGCAACCAGGCGUCACGAGAAUAUACUAACAUCAAGUUAAGCCAGUCUUGUUAAUUAUUCAGGGCCUUUUCAAGUGUUAUGCCAAAACAGACUCAGUAUUCAGAUCUAGCAAACUACACCUAAGGAACAAAACAAUUAGCAAUGCAUAGUCUUCUUGUCUGGCUUGGCAACUUUGCUUAACUGAAAGCUACGUUAGUUAGUAAUUAAAACUUGCCCUGGCCUGUGAAGGAGAGAAUGAGAGGUGCGGUAACCUUAACAGGUUUGGUGGGUGUUACAUCAGGUGUUCUAUUCUUCUGUAAACCCUGCGAGGACACGUGCAAGUG